CACCGAUCCAACCCAAUCAACGUAUUAUUUAUUACAAGAUAAAGCAAAAGUAAUCAGUCCAAUAUUUUUUUCUUUUUCUCAAAACCCAGAAAGGAUAAAAAAAACAGGGAUCAAGAAAGAAAAACAGAGACCAGAGACAACAAAAAAAACAGAGUGAGAGAGUGAUCAGAAUUGAGAGAGAUGGCGAAGAAGGCAGUGCUGAUAGGAUGCAACUACCAGGGAACCAAGGCAGAGCUGAAGGGCUGCAUUAACGACGUGAAGAGGAUGCACAGCUGCCUUGUGGACAGAUAUGGCUUCCGUGAAGAUGACAUCCAAGUUUUGAUCGACUCGGAUUCCUCCUACACUCAGCCCACCGGGAGAAACAUCCGCCGGGCCAUCACCAACCUCAUCCGAUCUGCCGAUUCCGGCGAUGUCCUCUUUUUCCACUACGCCGGCCUUGGCCCCCCUCCUGCUGAGACUGGCGAUGACGAUGACACUGGCUAUGAUGAGUGCAUCGUCCCCACUGACAUGAACCUCAUCACUGAUGAUGACUUCAGGGAGUUUGUAGACCAGCUGCCAGCAGGUUGCCGGCUGACAAUGGUAUCAGAUUCUUGCCACAGUGGCGGCCUCAUUGACGAAGCUAAAGAGCAGAUAGGGGAGAGCACCAAAGGGGAAGAGCGCAAGUCUAGCUCUGGUUUUGGUGGAUUCAAGAACUUCCUCAAGGACAGGGCAGAAGAUGCACUUGAGUCUCGUGGAAUCCGCAUCCCGUCUGCAUUGCGCCCCGAUCGGCACCAUGAAGAAGAGUCUGAUGACAGAGAAAUUGAAACUGGAUAUGGGCACAGGGGCUAUGUCAAAAGCAGGUCUCUGCCACUCUCAACUCUCAUAGAGAUACUCAAGCAGAAAACAGGAAAGGAUGACAUUGAUGUUGGGAAGCUGAGGCCAACACUCUUCGAUGUUUUCGGAGAAGAUGCCAGUCCUAAGGUGAAAAAGUUCAUGAAGGUCAUCAUGAACAAACUCCAAAACCAUGAGGGCAGCAGCGGUGGGUUAUUGGGGAAGAUUGGAAGCUUGGCUCAAGGGUUUCUUGAACAAAAGCUUCAAGAUAACGAUGAGUAUGCAAAGCCUGCUUUAGAGACACAAGUGGGUAGCAAGCAAGAGGUUUACGCCGGAGCAAACCACCGCGCUAUUCCUGAUGGCGGGAUUCUCAUCAGUGGUUGCCAGACGGACCAAACUUCUGCAGAUGCCAGUCCUUCCGGAAAUCCGACGGAAGCUUAUGGGGCUCUUAGCAAUGCCAUUCAGAUCAUACUCUCUGAAAGAGAUGCUGAAGUUACAAACCACCAGCUUGUUCUCAAGGCAAGGGAGACUCUGAAGAGGCAGGGUUACACACAGCGACCUGGCCUCUAUUGCCAUGACCACCAUGUCGAUGCUCCUUUUGUGUGCUGAUCUGAAGAUUUUAUAUUACAUAUAUGGUGAUAAAUAAUUGUGAGUGAGGUACUUUGUGCUGAUGAGUGAGGUACUUUGUGCUGUGAUUCUGCUGAUUUUAUUUUCAUGAAGGAUUUCUUAUUAUUUUUAUGUUCUUCACACAAAGGAUUUUUUUUUUCCCAGACGAAGGAUUUUCUAUUUCAUCGAUUAUCUGAAUGUCUUUGAACAUAAAAGGAUAUUGUAUUUCAUCUAGUAAAUGAAUAAUAUUGAACAAAAAUGAAGAUUUUCUA